GGUCUGCAUCUCUUUCAUUGACCGUCAUGGACUCGUCCCCCACGCUAUAUUCUCAGCGUCCCGAGUGGGACGAUGUCGUACCACUGGAGCAGUUUGAGAAAGCCAACCCCCUCGCCCCUAUAUUGUACUCGGACGAAUACAAGGACGCUACCAACUACCUGCGCGCAGUCCUUCAGGCUGAUGAACGCUCUGAACGCGUGAUGGCGCUCACAGAGCAUGUUAUUCGAUUGAAUCCCGCGCAUUACUCUGCAUGGCAAUAUCGAUACGAGACCUUCACGGCUCUCAAACUGCCCAUCGCGGAUGAAAUGACCCUCAUGGACGAACUUGCAGACAAGUUCCUUAAGACGUACCAGGUCUGGCACCAUCGGCGGCUGCUCCUCCAGCUUCCUCAAGGACAGAUCUACAUCCCAGCGGAGCUCACCUAUAUUGCACAAAUUCUUCGUCAAGACGAGAAGAACUAUCAUACAUGGGCGCAUCGACAAUGGCUGCUUGCUUCCCGUGGAGAUGAUGCCUUGUGGGCAGGCGAGCUCGAUUUCGUCGAUGCCAUGCUAAACAACGAUGUGCGGAAUAACUCAGCGUGGCAUCAUCGCUUCUUUGUGGUCUUCCAGUCGGGCGUUCGUGAGGGCGAUGAAGAUCGGGAGCGAGUCCUGCGGAGAGAGCUGAUAUUCGUGAAGCAAAACAUUUCGCUUGCGCCGAACAACGCGUCAGCUUGGAAUUACCUCCGCGGCGUGCUUGAAUACACUAAACGGCCGCUCAAAAGCGUAGCGACUUUUGUCCUUCCUUAUUCGGUUCCUUUGUCGCCCGACGUAAAAGAUUUGGUGGACUUGGAGAAUCCUCCACCUGGAAAGGAUGCCCAGCUGCCCUGUGUUGCUGCGGUUGAAUUCCUGGCAGAUGUUCGGGAGGAGGAAGGUAAGAUUGAUGAGGCAAUUGCUCUCUGGCGAUCUCUUGCAGACGUUCACGACCCGAUUCGGAAAAAAUACUGGGAGUACAGGAUUGCCAUCGCCCUCACCGGUGCGGAGUAGAGCUCGCAGAUGUAAUUGAAACUUUCAAUGUAAUACUCGAUUCUGUAAGACAAGGACUUGACCUAACGAUCACCGUUUUCGCAUCACCCGGUACAAGGGGC